CAAGCGCGGAAACCGUACGACGUCCGUGACGUGAUCGAGCAGUACUCCCAAGGGCAUCUCAACAUGAUGGUCCGCAUAAAAGAAUUGCAGCGACGAUUGGAUCAAACGCUUGGAAAACCUGGACAAGACCGAACCUCUAAGAUGUCGAUGGGUACCUCAUCUACAAUAGGAGCGCGAUUGUCGCGGAUUGAGAUGCAGGUGAUAGGUUUAGCUCUCCCUUUUGACCAAAUCGUGAACUGCAAAUAA